AUGAACUUUUCCAAUAAAGGAUCGCAAUUCAAAAAGGUAAAAAACAAAGCGCCAAAUGGAAAAAAAAAAAAAAAGUCAAAACAUUCCAAAGGCAAACAUGAUGGAAGAGGAGGCUUCUUCAGAAAUGUAGACCCGCAACAGUAUUUAAAGCCAGUGCAAUUUGUUAGUGGCGGUUUUCUCAAUAAUAAAAAGCAUGUACCAUCAGCAGAACAGGAGGCACAUAAAUUAAACGCCACCUUAAGCGACGAUGAUUCAGAUGACUUCAACAAGUACGACGUCUUUCAACAUUUCACCUUUGAUUUCAGUUUUGACAAAAAGAAGGAUGAAAAUGAUUUUAUAAAGAGUAAUUUAAAAAAGUAUAACCUCAAGCAACUCCAAGAAAAGGACAAAAAGUUUUUUGAAAUAUACGGAUUAGGGUUUAAAAUUUUAAGGAAAAUGGGCUAUCAGGAUGGCAUUGGGAACAAAAUAAAGACAAACAUUGCUCCAAUAGAACUUCAAAAAAAGCAUGUAACAUUUUUAGAAGAAAAGCCACAAGAAAAUUCGAAUGAUUCCAGUUCUGAUAUUGACUUAUACACACAGGAAAGCUACAUGGACAUUUUUAAUGAACAAUUCUAUAGCAAAAAGUUGUGGAAAAAAAAGCAUAAAUAUAACAUGUUCUGGAGCUUUAAGAAGACAAAAAAUUGGAUUAAGACACAGUUAAAAUAUAACGCCUACAUUAAUCCAAAUUUUCAUUUAUACCAUGAUGGUCAGGAAUCCGAUGACGAACAAGCUAGUAAUUUAAUAAGCGCGCAAAACGUACUCAUUGAUCAUAUUAAAAAUAUCAUGUUCCAAUAUUGCAAUGUUGUAAGAAAACAACAAGAGCUCGAAACUAAAUUAAGGAAUUACCAAGGUUCUGGUUCCCACAAAGAUAUUUACAAGAUGCACGUGUUAAUUUUAAAAAAUGUCCUAACGUAUAAGUACUUGCUAAAUUUUCACACCACUCUGCCCUACCCCUCUCUCUUUAACAAUGCAACAUUCAAUGAAUACCUUUUUGGUGUAAAACAACAUGAUCCCCCAAUAGAGGAAGAUCAUGGUGGCAAUCGAGCAGAUGAUUGUGCUGAUCAUUAUGCUCAGCGUUAUGAUGAUGGGGAUGCACACACAACGGGUAAUCAAUACGUGUGUAACUCCCCUAAUGGGGGCAGAAUCACUAAAUUGAUAAAUAUCCAACCCACUCAUGUAACUAACCCAUUUAGCGUAGGGGGGGUAGACGAAGAAGGAAUCGACAGACAUUGGGACCUGAACUCUGGUACCUUUGUCACCUUUGAAGAAAAGCUCAAUAAUAUAUUAACGAGUAACUAUAAGCUAUUGUGCCAGAACAAAUACUUCAGAAAUACCCCAAGAUCAGUCGGUGCUCCUUCACAUGACAUUGGAACAUACAAAACCCUGGAUGACUUACAACACAUAUUCGAUUUAAUAAACAUUAGGAAUAUCGAAAUUGAAAAGGGCAAAUAUCCGUUGCUCUUGAGUGACCUGUACACCUCUGUGUUUUUUAUUUACGAAAAUUCGCAGUUCUUUUAUCUCAGCAUCCACGUGUCACGCUACCUCUUGGAGUUCCUUCGCAUUUAUUUCCACAAUAACAAGGAACGAAUAAAGAAGCAGUUUAUCUGUGAUGACAAGGACGUUGAAGAUGGAAGAACGGCAAUUGGGGGAAAUUCAAACAAAAAUUUUAAUUCGGAAUGUUCGAAAAAUUCCGACAGCUUGGAAAACUGCCAACAUCGUCAAGAGCAUAGGGAAACAAGGCAAAAUGCAUCGACCGCAAAGGAUGAAGAAGUUUCCGCGUGUGAACAUCCCUCAACUGAUACUAGGAGCCAAAACGAUCAACUCAAGUUUAAUCAAAAUGAUAUACAAUAUAUAAUAUGCUUAAAAAAAAUUGUUCUAAUGGGAGCGGAGCAACACAGUAUGAUGGAAUAUCGAAAAAUUGAAAAAGAAUUUGACAACAUAAUAUACUACACAUAUAUGUACCCAGCACUUUAUACAAAACAAAUUCUAGAAAUUUACAAUCAUAUAAAACUUUUUAGGGACGCCAUCAAUAUAAGAUAUUAUAAGAAUAUACUAAUAAUUUUUAUUGAAAAAAGAGUAAUUUCCAAAGUGGAAAACAUCGAAAAUGCACAAAUACAGGAACACACUCUACAACACAUCAAGAACAAACUAUGCAUUCUGUUUGAUAUUAACAAACAGUUUGACAUUAGCUCCAGCUUAUCUAGGUACUACACACAUUCUGUAUUUCCGCAUUUGAAAAAAUUUGAUUUGUCACAAAAUUAUAUAGAACUCAUCAAAGUAGCACUUAUGGACAAUAUGUACAAAAAGGAAAUUUUCGAAACUGUUGUAAAAAGGAUAAUUUGCGAAUUGAUUGACAUAGAUUUUGUGGACGACAAUUUUGUUCAACGCCUUCGUAAAGUUAUGAUACUGCACAACUGCGUAGACGACACAAUCGUCUUUCUCAUAUUUAAAGUAUAUUUUUUUUACAAUUUUUCAAAGCACGUAUGUGCUUAUCUGAGAGAGCUUAACGCGUCAUAUGUACACAAAAAUGAACUAACAUGUAGUUCGCAAAAAGUGGAAGCUCCAUGCGCUGCAGAGGAAGACGCCCAAAGUGAGGAACAAAAAAAGCUAAUGCUAACAAAUAAAAAAAAAGAAAUUUAUGAAACCUUUAAAAAGGUGAAGGAUGUUUUUGAAAGUAAUUUAAUGAAGGAUAAUUCCAUAAAAAACAUCAUGUUCAGCAUAUUAAACGUCAUAAAGACAUACCUAUUGCAAGAGAAAAUUGUUACCUUCCCUGUCGAAAUGGUGCUAGACUUUGACAAAACUAAAAUUUGCACAGAUGAUGAUCAGAAUUACUAUUACUUAUAUAAGGAUAUAAAAAUCCCAAUUCCUCUUUACGCUGUUCCACAAAGAAUUAAUAAGAUAUUUGAAAUAAAUUAUAAACCCAAAGUACGAACAAAUCAAAUGAGGGAUGAAUCAAAAAGUAGUUAUGUAUUCUCUCCAAAAAAAUAUGUGCACUUGAUGAACAAAAUAGAAGAUGAUGUAAAUCAAUAUACAAGAAAUUCGCUAGAUGACGAAAAUAUCAACGUAAAGAAUUAUAUAGAAACCUAUUGCGUACAAAAUGAUAUCCUAUUUUUACAAAAAAAUGAUCGUAAAAUAAACGGAAAUGUAGUCUAUUCGAUUAACAAUUGUUCCAUAUAUAUUAGCAACAAUAUUAUAUACCUUUAUGAAAAUCACGAAUGGAAGCCAACCUUGUUACGUGAUCUGUUAGCAAAAUUGUAG